UGUUUCGAGUGUCUCCUUCUCUGUCUCUGUUAAGCACACCUGAAACUUCCAAAUGGGAAGCGACCGGAAAUCCAAGGACAAGAAGAAUAGAAAGAGAAGCUCUUCUUCAGAUUCUGAAGAGGAGGGAAGAAGAAAACGGCAUAAAUCUGAAGAUGAGGAAAGGAAAAGUAGAAAGAGUGAUAAGAAAGAGAAGGUAAGGGAUAAGGACAAGAAAAGCUCGCAUAAGCACUCCAAACGCCAUUCUGAUAAAGAAAGGAAAUCCAAGGAUAAGCACAAGGGUAAACACCGAAAAGGCGUUCGCGACUCAAAACACGAAUUCCAAGAGCUCUCCAAGGAUGACUACUUCUCAAAGAAUAAUGAAUUUGCCACAUGGCUGAAAGAAGAGAAGAGAGUGUUUUUCUCCGAGUUGUCAUCGGAGUCUGCCCAUGAAAUGUUUUCAGAUUUUGUCAAGGCUUGGAAUGAACAGACACUUGAAUCCAAAUACUACGAGGGCAUUGCGACCGGACCCAGGAGCGCUCAUAAGUGGAGAAUCAAAGAAUGAAAAUAUCAUCAUUAGCAGCAGCUGUUC